UUCCCCGCACCAGGACGCGACCUAACUCCUCCUCGCCUUCUCAAAAUCCAUUUUUUUCUCUCUCUCUCUUCGAUUUAAUCCCCUGAUGUGGAAGCCGAUCGAGCCUGGCGGUGAUUAGGGUUGGAUCCGGCCGCCGGAUGGGGAACCACCGCCGGUCGCCGACUUUCCUCGCUCUGGACGACGUCCCCGGCCAACCCCACUCCGAUCACUCCGCCUUUUCUAACCACCAUCAUUUCGGCGGGGGCGGCGGAGGCUUCGGCUUCGGCCGUGGAGUUAACCACAAGUGGAUGACCGUCAUCGGCAGCGACGCGAAGUCGGGCGGAGCGAUCGAGGACAAGUACGUGAUCGGCCGCGUCCUCGGCCGCGGGGAGUCCGGCGUCACCUACCUCUGCGUGGAUCGUGACACCAAGGAGCGGUUCGCCUGCAAGACCAUCCAGAAGCGCAAGCUGCGGACGAUGGUGGACGUGGAGGACGUCCGGAGGGAGGUCGCCGUAAUGCGGCACUUGCCCAGGAGCCCCUGCAUCGUCGGCCUACGGGAGGUGCGCGAGGACGACCGCGCAGUGCAUCUGGUGAUGGAUCUCUGCGAGGGCGGGGAGCUCUUCGAUCGGAUUGUGGCGAGGCGAUAUUAUUCGGAGCGUGCGGCGGCUUCCGUCAUCAGGACGAUCGUUGAGGUUGUGCAGCUGUGCCACAAGCAUGGUGUGAUGCACCGCGAUCUCAAGCCGGAGAACUUUUUGUUUGUUGACGACAAGGAGAACUCUCCGCUCAAAGCCAUCGACUUUGGGCUGUCUAUAUUUUUCAAACCGGGAGAAAGGUUUUCUGAGAUCGUUGGAAGCCCAUAUUACAUGGCUCCUGAAGUUCUAAAGCGAAAUUAUGGACCAGAAAUUGAUAUUUGGAGCGCUGGAGUGAUUCUUUAUAUCCUACUUUGUGGAGUUCCUCCAUUUUGGGCUGAAACCCAACAAGGGGUUGCACAAGACAUUCUUCGAGGAGUUAUAGAUUUUGAGCGCGAACCAUGGCCAAAUGUUUCAGAAAGAGCCAAGGAUUUAGUUCGACAGAUGAUGGAACCUGAUCCCCAGCUACGUUUAACUGCAAAACAAGUCCUCGAGCAUCCCUGGCUUCAAGAUGCUAAGAAAAUUCCAGAUGUACCUCUUGGUGAUGUUAUUAAGUCGAGGCUUGAGCACUUCUCAAGUAUGAACAGAUUCAAAAGGAGAGCUUUAAGGGUUAUUGCUGAUAACUUGUCCAUUGAAGAAGUUGAAGAUGUUAAGGAGAUGUUUAAGAUAAUCGACAUUGACAGUGACAGUGUUGUUUCCCAUGAUGAACUCAAAGCUGGGCUUGCUAAGUUUGGUUCACACUUUGCAGAUUGCCAAAUACAGACGCUUAUUGAAUCUGUCGAUGCCGACGGAAAGGGUACCCUUGGUUUUGCAGAUUUCGUAGCUAUUUUUCUUCACUUGCAAAGAGUACUAAAUGAUGAGCAUCUCAGAAAGGCCUUUUCCUAUUUUGACAAAGAUGGCAAUGGCUUUAUUGAACUCGAGGAACUUCACGAGGUCCUAGCAGAAGAUGGAACUUAUGGUAACAAGGAAGUGGCAAAUGCCAUUUUGCAAGAAGUCGAUACCGAUGAGGAUGGCCGAAUAGGUUACAAUGAGUUCGUGGCAAUGAUGAAGACUGUAACAGACUGGAGGAACACUUUGCGACAAUAUUCAAAAUGAGGUAACAACAUUCCCGUGUUCGAUGCAUAUCUUAAUUAUUUUUAGUGGGCUCGGUUCAUCUUGGGGGAUCUGCUCACUCUGUAAGUAGUUCUUCCACUACCAUGGUAGUAGGCCAUUUGCUUGCUUUGUGGCAAACUUUGCUGUAUCAGCUGCACAAAAAAAAAUGCUGUAGAUUAUGGGGUUUGUUCAAUAAGCCAAACGAAGAUGCCACAUGCUGUUUUUCUUAAUAAUGUUAGAAAAAAAAAGAUACCGUGUUUUCUU